AUGGGUCUUCCAUUGUUUAUCGCCCCUGUCGAGUCAGAUCUCCCACCUAAAGCUUCUGACAAGAGCAGAGCUACGUCACCAAACCGCUCUGGAAUUCGUCGCCAUGGACGUGCUACCGAAUAUCGCGAGCGCCGCGCGGCAUUGCGCCGUCACAUCACCGUUCGCGAUAACGAGCGCAGAGAACGAGACUUUAUGGCGAGAUGGCGACCUAGCCCCUUGAGGGAGAGUCACUUGGUGUCUAGGAUUGGUCCUGAUAUUGAUGCUGUGACGGGCCCCGAUGCCCCAGACGGGGUGCGAUUUCGCGACGGCCCGAGAGAGACGAGGCCUGAGGAUCGGCGAAGAAACACUCUGGAGGAACAACUCACCUCUCUGUUCAGGGAUAACUGGCCUGCACCUGGAGCGACAAAUGAGCAGCCAGACGACCAGGUCGAUCUUGGAUGGUGGACUUUUGAAAGCCUGCCGCGAUACAAUCGGUCUCGAAUUGUUGGUCCGGUUAGCUUUCAGCAGGAGGAAGAUGGACCACUGCGAAGGCCUCCCCCUCCCGUUCAACAGCCAUCUACGACUACUCGCUCGUCAAGCGCUGAACAAGAGAGAAGACGCCGACGAGCUGACUUCCGAAACCGCGCAAUGGCUAGGCUUGAUAUGACUGAGCGCCGACGCAACGCAACCUCGCAACCGAACCGAAGUGUUGAUGGACUUGGUGAUCGUGACAGAAGCCUCAGCCCUGAGGUGUGGGACACACUUUUGACUACCCUCACGCCCGACCCUCAACCUCCCAGCGCGGGCUCAUCUUUUGCAUCGACUGUUGCAUCGCAGAGUGCUGGCGCAUCAUCAAGCACACCUCUGACUGCUCCGGACCCGCCCCACGACACGUCGGUUGACCAGGCUUGUGAAUCGGGCUGCGAAAACUCGGACACAGAAUCGCCUGACUACGAGCAUCCCGACUUUGCGCUAAUCCGUCGUCGCCGGGAUGCGUUGCGACGUGUUCGGGUCCGAGUGCCCGAUUACAACUUGGAUGGACCGCUCGACGGGCCUCUCGGCCGGAGUAGUGGGGCAGUCAACUCCGAAUCCUCGGCCACUCGGCGGCGACGAUCACCGGACGGUCCUUUGCUUAGUGGAGAAGAUGCCACGGGAAGCACGGCUGAGCUGGAUGGCCCUUUGCCUCUUGCUCACCAACGCCCUCGCCAUGGUUGGGUAGGACAAUUAUCCGUGGGCAACUCGGAUGACGAGCCAGUUUUGGAGCGAUGGGGGGUCACUCGCGAGGGCUCAACAACAUCGGGAAACAACACAACUGUUGGAGACGACGAUUGGAUGGGAAUGCAGCGCAUUGUUCGAAGUCUUGCACGACGUGAAGAUAUACCAGACGAGUGGUGGGCCGAGGCAGGCCUCAGUCGAAACUUGCCAGGAGAUGGGCCCGAAUGAGCGAGCGGGCACAUUUGCUUUGUAUUUUAUAACGGAUCAAAACUGACAGGGUGCUCGAUGUGUCAGGAAAACAACAGCGAGAAAGCGUCGGAGUGUCGGAGGUUUAGAUGUCUGAGUAUACUGGGACGGUCAACGGUUAAGGGGGUGUUAGAGUCAAUUCUGUAUAAUCGCGGGUGCUUUCAUUUAGCUGUCGUGUGGCAACCCACCCACACUACAAAUCAGUAUCAUGAGCCAGACAUUUUGGUCACGUCAAGUGCUUUGACUGCUGGGCUUAUUGUGAGGGGGUUUUGGAUAGAUUUGCGGCGUCAUGCAUGUGCCUGGACCCUCAUCUAUGUAGACAGGCCCUGGCAGAUGCAAAACGAUGGUGGCUUGAAGU